AUGAGGGGUAAGUGGGGGUUAUCAGGCCGUAAACUGUUAGGCCGCGAGUCGGCGGAGCGCGGCGAAGGCUGGCUGGAGGAGGAGGCAAAAGCUCUCACAAUACCCUCCACUACUAAUGUUUACUCAACUCCAAGUGCGACAAAGGGCCGGAACUAUUGUUUGUUGGAAAAGCUUUAUUUCGCUACCCUCAACGCUUGCCGUGACAAUAGCUUACCCAACUUAAAAAUGUAUUAUCUCACUCGACGUUAG